UGUAGAAAUAAGCUCAGCGUCCUCCGCUAUAGCGCAGCUAUGGGUCAUGUGACCGCCCCGCCUAUCCCCCUUACAUCCCCAUCACUGUGAGCCACGCCCUCUCAGGCAAAUCUGCAGGCAGCUCCGGCCGGGGUCCUCACACAGUGCACGGUGAUUGGUUACCGGCGGAGCCGCUUGACAACCGCAACCUGAGAGAAAAGAGACGCAGAGAGCAGGGUGGUGCGGCCCGUGUACCGGGAAUAGCGCUGUCUACACCGGGGGCCGGAGACAACAGAGCCCCGGCCGGGGAUUCUGGGACACCGGACCGGGAGAGAGAGCAAAACCAGACCAUCACCAUGACGGCUGAAGAGACUGUGAAUGUUAAAGAAGUCGAAAUCACAAAGCUGAUUUUAGAUUUCCUCCAUGCCAAGAAGCUGCACAUCAGCAUGCUGGCCCUGGAGAAGGAGAGCGGGGUGAUCAAUGGUCUCUAUUCAGAUGACAUGCUUUUUCUCAGGCAAUUGAUCCUUGAUGGUCAAUGGGAUGAGGUCCUGCAGUUUAUCCAACCACUGGAGUGUAUGGACAAAUUUGACAGAAAAAGGUUCCGGUACAUUGUUCUAAAGCAGAAGUUUUUGGAAGCGCUGUGUGUGAAUAAUGCAAUGUCAGCAGAAGAGGAGCCACAGCAUAUGGAAUUCACAAUGCAAGAAGCUGUGAAGUCUCUCCACGCCCUAGAAGAAUACUGCUCCUCCAAGGAUGACUACAGCAAGCUAUGUCUCCUGCUCACACUUCCAAGGCUCACAAACCAUGCAGAGUUUAAGGACUGGAAUCCAAGCACGGCUCGCGUCCACUGCUUUGAAGAGGCCUGCACAAUGGUGGCGGAGUUUAUCCCUGCUGAUCGGAAGCUGAGUGAGGCGGGUUUUAAGGCCAGUAAUAACCGCUUGUUCCAGCUCAUCAUGAAGGGCCUGCUGUACGAGUGCUGCGUGGAGUUCUGCCAGAGUAAGGCCACCGGAGAGGAGAUCACGGAAAGUGAGGUCCUGCUUGGGAUAGAUCUCCUCUGUGGUAAUGGAUGUGAUGAUCUUGACUUGAGUCUCUUGUCCUGGCUUCAGAAUUUACCCCCUAGUGUGUUUUCUUGCGCUUUUGAACAGAAGACACUGAAUAUCCAUGUGGAUAAACUCAUGAAGCCCAGUAAAGCUGGCUAUGCGGACCUUCUCACCCCUCUCAUCAGCAAGUUAUCUCCGUACCCUUCCUCUCCUAUGAGACGGCCACAGUCAGCUGACGCGUACAUGUCGCGCUCAUUGAAUCCUGCCUUGGAUGGUCUCACGUGUGGCCUGAGCGGUCACGACAAAAGAACAGUUGAGCCUGGAAGUAAAACUUCAGCCAUGUCUCACUCUUUUGCAAACUUCCAUUACCCUGGAGUGCAAAACCUCAGCCGGAGCUUAAUGCUGGAGAGCUCGGACUGUCACAGUAUUUACGAAGAGUCUUCUGAAAGAAGUGAAACUCCUCAGGAGACAGACGCACCAGGCGACAGCGAGACAGUGUGCCAAAACAUCAGCGCCGAGAACGAUCUCCAAGCAGGAGCAGCAUGUGAGGAGCCAAGAAAGCCGGAGAGAAAUGAGUUGCGGGACUCUACAGACCAGUUUGAAGAAUAUUACCGCCAGAAGAUGCGAUACCAGCAGCACCUGGAGCAGAAGGAGCAGCAGAGGCAGCUUUAUCAGCAAAUGCUGGUUGAGGGAGGUGUCAAUCAAACAGAGGAGUCUGAACACCCCCAAAACCUCACGGAACAGUUUCUUAAUAGGUCUAUCAGAAAGCUUGGCGAGUUGAAUGUUGGGAUGGAGCCUCUUAGUGAAGAGAUUCAGGCAAAGAGCCUAAAUGGGCCCAGAGACAGCUGCUCAUCCGCCACUAAUGGGCCCUCACCUAUAGUGAACUCAUCUGUACUGAGAAAUGUGCAGCCUGAUGGGCAGACCAUAAAUACGAGCACCCCCAGGAAACGGGGAACCUCUCCCCAAAUACCUUUCCCAGAAGAGUCACCAGUGUUUGGAAGUACAGGUGGAAGGAAUAAGCAAAACCUGGAAGAAGCUGUAAAUGUUGGAACAAGGAAAAGUUCAGAGGCGGAUGGAAAAACAAAGCAGCAGUUCAUCUGCCUCACAACCCUGGAGGACACACAGGCUGUCCGGGCUGUAGCAUUUCACCCAAGCGGCUCACUUUAUGCUAUCGGAUCAAAUUCCAAAACCCUAAGGGUUUGUGCUUAUCCGGAUACCUUGGAUACCACCAGCAUCCCAACUACCCCUGUGCAGCCAGCGGUUCGAUUUAAGAGGAAUAAACACCACAAAGGGUCCAUUUACUGCGUGGCCUGGAGCCCUUGCGGCCAGCUGCUUGCAACAGGAUCGAAUGACAAGUAUGUGAAGGUUCUGCCUUUUAACGCAGAAACGUGCAAUGCAACAGGACCAGACUUGGAAUUCAGCAUGCACGACGGAACCAUUAGAGACUUGGCUUUUAUGGAAGGGCCUGAGAGCGGUGGUGCAAUAUUAAUCAGUGCUGGGGCAGGAGACUGCAAUAUCUACACUACAGACUGCCAGCGGGGGCAGGGGCUUCAUGCGUUAAGUGGGCACACAGGACAUAUCUUAGCUCUUUAUACAUGGAGCGGCUGGAUGAUCGCAUCAGGAUCACAGGAUAAGACUGUCCGAUUUUGGGAUCUCCGGGUUCCCAGCUGUGUUCGAGUGAUCGGAACUACAUUCCAUGGAACAGGCAGUCCAGUGGCCUCAGUGGCAGUGGAUCCUAGCGGCAGGCUGCUUGCCACCGGUCAGGAGGAUUCUAGUUGCAUGCUGUAUGACAUCAGAGGAGGGCGAAUGGUGCAGAGUUAUCAUCCACACAGCAGUGACGUGCGGUCUGUCCGGUUCUCCCCGGGAGCACACUACCUGCUCACUGGUUCAUAUGAUAUGAAGGUUAAAGUCACAGAUCUACAAGGUGAUCUGACAAAACCUCUUCCAAUCAUUGAUGUUGGCGAGCACAAGGACAAGGUGAUCCAGUGCCGGUGGCAUACACAAGAUCUGUCUUUCUUGUCGUCUUCUGCUGACAGAACUGUAUCAUUGUGGGCUUACAAUGCUUAAUACAAGACUUCAACAUUCAGCUCCACUUUCACCAGGAGGCUAAGUUUUGGCUUUUCACCAGGAGGCUGUUUUGGCUUUUCCUAUCUGGCCUCUAUUAUCAUGGUUUUACGGCUGAACCUCUAAGCUGUCGGAGAGGUUGUUACCGAACGCCUGCAACCGAAAAUCUAGAGUAAAAUCAUAACAUACAUCAUGCUAUAGUAGUGCAGAUGAAAGGGGGCAAAGAGGAAGGUAAAGAAGGCUGUCAGCAGCCUCAGGUUAGUCAUAGAUAAAGGUCAUUUAAAGUAUAUAGAGAUGUAUAUAUUUUUUUUCUUUUCCUGCUUCAUCAAUACAUCAGUGGGAUUUCUUGUUUGUAGGAGCACGCAUCUCAGCAGAUCAACAUUGCAUUGUUAUUCUAGGUUGAAACAAGCUGUAGCACUUUUAUAUGAUACACAUCAGGACAGGUUGUUGGCUCGGAAGGAUUUCUAUAUGGUUUUAAUGGACAGCUGCAUCUUAAAGGGUUCUCCGCUACCCAGCGUCUGGAACAUUGAAUUCCGUACGCUGUGUGCAGGCUUCCAUAUUCAUGCCCACCCCCUCGUGAUGUCACACCCCCUUACCAUAGACUUUCAUUGAGGGGGGCAGGCCGUGAUGUCACGAGGGGGCGGGCGUGAACACAGAAGCCCGCACACAGCGUUCAGAACUCAAUGUUCUGGAUGCUGGAGAGCGGAGUAACCCUUUAAAGGGAAACUGUCUCAUUGAAAAUGCAGUCCAGUCAUUGAGCAAGAGGAGAUGAGCAAAUUGAUAUUCAUAUUGUGGGAAAAGAUUCUGUAUAACUUAUGAUGAAUUCAUUUUAAACAUCUAUUCAUUCUGGGGAUAUGAGUCCAGUGGGUGGUCUUACUGUUUAAGGGGUACUCCACUGGAAAAAAAAUAAUUUAAAUCAACUUUGAAUUUCCUUUCUGUCUGACCACAGUGCUCUCUGCUGACACCUCUGCCCAUUUUUGGAACUGUCCAGAGCAGGAUAGGUUUGCUAUGUGGAUUUGCUUGUGCUCUGGACAGUUCCUAAAAUAGUCAGGUUUCAGCAGAGAGCACUGUGGUCAGACGGAAAGGAAAUUCAAAAAGAAAAGAACUUCCUGUGGAGAAUACAGCAGUUGAUAAGAAUUAGAAGGGUCAAUAUUUUUAAAUUGAAGUAAUUUACAAAUCUGUUUUAAAUUUCUGGCACCAGUUGAUUUAAAAACAAAAUGUUUUCCAGUGGAGUACCCCUUUAAUCGCUGAUUAGGAACACUCACUGGACUCCUCAGCCUAGAAUAAUCAGAUUUAAAUGAAUAAAUUACAGGUUAUAAUGAAAAUUUUCCCAUAAAAUAGCAAAUCAAUCUGCUCGGCUCCUCUUGCUCUAUAACAUGCUGCCUGCAGAUUUUAUUACAUUUUCAAUAUUGUUCCCUUUUAAUAUUUAUAUUGUUUACUCAUUAUUACCCAACUGUAAAAAUUAACAGAAUGUGCCAACAUGAGACUUCUUCAUCAGAGGAAAACAAGGAUAGCUACAAAAGACAUAAAACGUGUGCACUACAGAUUUAGCUCUUAUUCUUAGGGUUGGCUCACACUACGAUUUCACUCUACGGGAACCGGAUCCGGCUGAGGGGGUGGGGGGAGUGAAAAACGGGUGCUCCUGUACCCCAGCCAGACCCGGCCCGUAUUUAAUUCAUUUGAAUGAGCCGACCGGAGUCAGAUAGUGACUCUGGUCGGCUCAUUUUUGCCCCGUAUCCAGUUUUCUGACCAGACCUAAAACCGUGGUAUGAUACGGGGCAAAAAUGAGCCGACCGAAGUCACUGGUUCAAAUAAAUGAUAUACUGUUCCCGUAGAGUGAAAUCGUAGUGUGAAUCUGCUGCAAAAUCCAAAAAGCAUGAUCCAAUUCUGACAGAUACUGCAUGUACAUUGAACACACAACUUGGCAUCAGGGGUUCAUACCUUGAAUGUAUUUAAAAAAAAAAAAAAGCUGGAGGACUGCAGUGGAAAACCAUUUUUUUUUUAUUUACUGGUGCCAGAAAGAUUUAAAAAUUCCUUCUAUUUAAAAAUCCUAAUCCUUCCAUUACUUAUCAGCUGCUAUAUAAUACAGAGGAAGUUCUUUUAUUUUUGAAUUUCCUUUCAGUCUGACCACGUUGCUCUCUGCUGACACCUCUGUCCAUGUCAGGAACUGUCCAGAGUA